AUGGACGCGGAUGGAAUCAGUUAUGACUGGUUGUUGGCGAUGAAAAAAAGCACCACCGAAUUCACGCAACAGAAUACCAUCUUCCACUCAACAACCUUUACAUUAACACUCCCUACAUCCAAAUCGACAACCUCUACAUCUAACAACCCUCGCAUCAACAUGGCACCACUACCAGUCCAGUUGAGUACAGUAGUCGCCUUCGCAGGCACCCCAGUCCCUACACCGUGCACCUUCCAUCUAGCAGGUCACUCGCCUGUUAAUUUCCAAGUCUCGCCUGUUGUCACCUCGUGGCAAGCUGAUCUACCAAUCCACAAGCGCUGGCUUAGUAACUCUAUGGUCAGUCACGGUGAUGACGAUGAUGGUGAUUAUAUCACCGUCGAGGAGACUCCUGUUGGCGGCGAUGAUGAUGACGACGAGACUUCCAGCAAAGAAACUCCUGAUGGGCUUUCUCCUACAUCUACUGAGGAAGAUGACGGCGACACUGGUGAUAAGACCUAUACCAAUGACACGACCAUGCCGGUCGGAUCAGCAGGCACUGAAGCCUCCGCCGAAGUUAUAACAUCCGAGCUGGUUGAGAAGUAUGGCACCAUGCCCACUACCAUCGACGACUGCAUCAACAUCGAAGACGCGGCUGUCACUCAAACUGACGAGAACGAUAACAACACCGUAACCAUCAACUGCACAGCUUUGACAAACAUGGAAACUUGGUACCUCUUGCCUUGCGAUGAUCACUGCCACAAUGACCUCGAAAAGAUCAUCCCAGGCGUUGUUGUCGGAAGCGGAGCCUCUGGCGGGCUUCUUCCAACUAUCCUCAAUAACCGCGGAUUGUGGAGUAAUAACGCUGUAUCGCAAACUGCCAUCAUCGACUGGCUCACCACUCAUCUACAAAAUGUCCGCAACCUUCUCUCUACUGACGUCUUUGAUUGGAGUCGUGUACAAUCCAACAUCAAAGACCUCAUGCAACACCCACCAGUAGACCUUCCUCUUGAGAACGACGUGUUCCCAGCUCCUGAGGGUGCGCCAGAGCCCGCCAGUCCAGAAGCCAUCGAAGCUGCCGAAACAGCGGUAGAGGAAGCUUCAAACGCUCUCGAAAACCUCAAGCACAUGACAAAUGACCCUGACGCUCUCAGAUCAGCUGAAGAACAUCUCGCCGACCAACAAGAGAUACUGCGACAGCUCAGAGAGAGUGAAAACGUCCUACCUGGCGACCACUUUGGACCAACAUAUACUCCGGAAGAGAUUGCCGUCGAGACAGUGAAGCUCGAGGAUGCCGUCCAGGCUGUGGAAAGAGCACUCAAGAACUACAAAGCGGCCAAGGGUAAUCCCACUUUCCCAAAGCGCGAGCAAGCAGCCCUCGAGAAAAAGUGGCUCGACGCAAAGAAAACCCUGAAGCAAGUCAGAGACCACAUUCGCGAUAACAACAUCCCCGUUGACGAUAUCCUGGAGAACACUGUUUCGGAAGAAGUUCCACGCUGGACAGAGGCUGAGAUUAGGGCUUCGAAAGAAGCAGUCAAGAACGCCAAAGAGGCUCUCAAAGAGGCCAGGGGAGUGACGGACGAUGGAGACGUGGUUGAAGCAUUGGAACAAACAGCCAAGAAUGCUGCAGAUGCUGAAAGAUUCAUGGAGGACGACGUCUUUGAAGUCAAGCCUAAAAAGACUGUCGAAGAGGCUCAGACUCAACUCGAUCAGAUGCGAGAAAUCAGCGACAAGGGCCAAGAAGAACUCCAAGCACUCGACAAAGACCUCCAAAACAUGAUGGACAAUAUACCUGAGGGUCCACCAGAAGCAGUCGAGGCGUACCAAAAGGGACUCGAAAGCAUCGAAUCCUUGAAGAAGUUGACAACCGAACAUAUGGCCAAGGUCGCGAAGGACUUGCUCAAGGCUGAAAGGGCUCUGAAGAGGGCCAAUUGCGAACUCAAGGUGACCUUUCCAGAUGACCCUGUCGAAGGCGAGCAGGAAAAUCCAUACAAGCCUGAUCGCGUUUAUGAUGAGGAGAGACCUGAUUUGAACGGAACUAACGAUGACGAUGAUGCCGACGAAAACAAGGAUGGCGAGGAACCUGCAGAUGGCGAAGAAUCUACUGAGGAGCCGAUUGAUCCCGACAACAAUACGGAGACCAACGAAAAGACUGAGGUCACCGAACCUACCGAGACCGAAACCACCAAGACAGACGAAUCCGCCGAGACCAGUGAGCCCAGUGAGACCGAGGCGAACAGUGAGGGCGACGAGCCUACUAAGACCGAUGAAACUUCCAACGACAACGAGCCCUCUGAUGAUGGAGAGUCUAUCGACAUUGGUAUCCUUCCUCCUGGCGAAGUUCCUAUCGUCCCUCCGGGUGCCGUUCCUCCAAUGGUGAUCCCAAUUCCUGGCGUGGGAGACGUAUCUGCUCCAACAAAGAUUCUGCAAGAGGCAGCUGGAGCAUUGAAAGAAGCCGCAGAAUGGCUCGCUGGCCUCAAUGACAAGAAUGACGAUAAGAAAGACCACAAGGCGAUCAAGAAGGCUGAGAGGAAGGUUAAAGAAGCUAAGAAGAAGUUGAAGAAGGAACAAGAGAAGGAGAAGAAGAAGCACAAGCAAGAGAAAGCUGACAAGAAGGAGAAGGAAGAGCAAGCUAAAGAAGAUAAGAAGAAGGAAGAGCAGGCUGAAAAGGACAAGAAGAAGUCUAAAUCUACUUCCACCAAGACCACCUCAUCCAAGACACCAGAACCCACAGUCCACCACAAGCAGCACGAAGCCGAAAUGACAUUCCGCGGCGAACACAAGCACAAAUUCGAGCUCUACGGCAAAGAUUGGGCCAGAGGCAAAAACGACGCCGACAAACUGCACGACAACAUGGAAAACUGUGGCAUGAAGAUCAAAGACUGGGAAUUCUCCUACGCAGACGACAAGCCCGAGAUCAAGACUUCAGACUGGACUUUCUACGCCAAAGGCGAACUUCUUCGCAAGACCGCUGCUGAUGUCAGAUGUCUGAACAAAGUCAUCCAGGAAGCAAAUGGACCCAAAGAUCUCAUCAGCGACACCGAUGGUGUCGACGAAGCAGAAGUUGCUACUCAGUUCACGUUCAGUGACAAGCAUUUCACGGUCUAUGGUAAAGGGUUUGCUGGAGACAAGGAUUCUGGAGAGCAGUUGAAGGAGAAGAUGGCAAAGUGCUCCAAGGUCAAGGAUUGGAAGUUCUACACACAAAAGAAGGAUCACGGUAUGAAGCUCAAGGAACAGGGUUGGGACUUUUACGCUGAGGGAGAGGUCAAGGAUGUCAAGAGGAAGUGUUUGAACGAGGUUAUCCAAGAUUUGGGCGGCCCUAUCGAGGCUAUCGCAGAGGGUGAUAUUUAA